AUGGGUCUUGUAACUCGGGCAUCGGACAGGAGUCUUGUAUCUCGGACAUUGGACAAGGGCUUUAUAUCUCGGACAUCGGAUAGGGUUCUUGUAUCUCGGAUAUCGGACAAGGGUCUUAUAGCUCGGACAUCAGACAGGGGUAUUGUAUCUCGGACAUCGGACAAGGGUCUUGUAUCUCAGACAUCGGACAGGGGUCUUAUAGCUCAGACAUCGGAUAAGGAUCUUGUAUCUCGGAUAUCAGAUAGGUGUCUUGUAUCUCGGACACUUCUCUCGGAUGCAUCAAUGAAGGAUUUUGUACCUUGGAUGCUUCUCUCAGAUGCAUCAGUCAAAGGUCUUGUCUACAUACAUCACUAUGAAUCAAGUGAAGCUUUUCAGAGGCUUGCCAAGCGCCUUUCAAAAAGAAUGGUAGCCUUUGUUGCUUAUCAAGCUGACACACUUCAAACACUUCCAGGCAAGCUAGGUCUAAAGUUGGAUGAUCAAACAAGAUUAUCUGCCAGAGUAGAUCGACUAAGGCGUGAAAAGAUGAUCCUUAUAAUUGUAGAUGAUGCGUGGAAAAGGAUCGACUUGGAUGAAGAUAUCGGUGUAUCAUUCGGUGGUGAUCAAAAGCAAUGCAAGAUAUUGUUGACAUCCAGGUUUUAUAAUGCAUUAAAGAAUGAUGUGAAAAAUGAAAAUAUUUUUGAGGUUGGAAAAUUAUCUGGAAGUGAACCCUUGGAUUUGUUUAAUAAAACAGCAGACGAUUCAAAUGGAAAACCCGAGUUUCCAGAUUUGGCAAGUCAGAUUGUUAAAGAAUGUGAUGGCUUACCGCUUGUGUUAAUAGUAGUAGCAAGUGCAUUGAGGAAGCAACCUUGCCAUGUUUGGAAGAAUGCCUUGCAUGAGUUAAGAAUGUCAAGUCCAAAUAACAUCAAAGGAAUGCAUGAAAGAGUGUACUCCAGUGUCAGAUUGGGCAACAUAGCUCUAAUUGGAGAGCUAAAAAAUUUAGAAAUUCUUGACCUUUCUUGCUCUGAAGUUGAGGAACUGGGAAGUGAAAUCAGACAACUGACUCAACUAAAAUUGUCGAUGGAGCUGGAAAGAAGCAGUCGAUUAGAUGAGCUUGGGCUUGGAAAUUUGUUAAAAAGGUCUGAUGUGAUAGAACUAUAUGGAUUAGAGGAUUUGGAGUCUUUGCAGCUUCAAAAUUUGGUGAAGUUGGAAAAGAUCUGCCAUGGAAGACUUGCACCGGACUCUUUUCACAAUUUGAGGCGACUUAUUGUAUUUAAAUGUGAUAGAUUGAAAAGUAUCUUCUGUUUCUCCAUAGCCAAACUACUUGAGGCAAUUGUUAUGGACGAUUGCAAGAUGAUAGAGGAGAUAGUUGACAAUGAUGAAACUAUGAAUGCUAAGAUUGAGUUUCCUCGUUUGCAUAUAUUACGGUUGGAAGAAUUACCCCAGCUUCUACAGUAUUGCUCUGAUCAUCAACCGAAGAGUACAACUAAUACCAGCGCCAUUCCUCUUUUUAAUGAAAAGGUCGUCUUGGACAAGUUAGAAGAGUUGACAGUGGAUUCGAGUGGAGUCAUGGAUGAGAUAUGGCAUACACAAUCUCCAGCAGCAUAUUUCUACGAGCUAAAGAUUUACUGUCAUAAAGGGGUUGUUGCUGGAUCUGCUUUUAUACCAAUAUGCUUAAGUGCAUUGAAAUUGUCCAGACUUCCUAAUCUGAUGCAUUUGCUGACAGAAGUUCAAAAGGGCAAGGUCCUUCGAAACUUGAGAAUUCUAGGUGUAAUAAGAUGUGGAAUAUUAAAGAGCUUAGUGCCAUCCUCAAUGUCCUUCCGGAAUUUGACAGCUCUGAGAGUAUCAGAAUGCUAUGCAUUUAAAAACUUACUGGCUUCCUCAAUGGCCACAAGUCUAUCGCAACUUAUAAGGCUAAGCAUAACAGACUGCGAGGGGAUUAUUGAAAUCGUGGCGAAUGAAGGAGAUGACACAAAUGCUGAGGUUGUGUUUGAAAACUUGAAGUUUUAA